AUGGCUGAAAAAGUAUGGGAGUUUGUUAAAGCGAAAGGUAGUGGAGCAGUGUCAAGUGUUUAUGGACAUAUUACAUCAAUGACUGAUACAACAGGGACACUUGCUAAACAAAAACUUUUACAAACAUUAAUUUCAUCUGGUGUUGUACAAAGUGAACAUAUUCGUCAUGCACUUCAAAUGGGCAUUGGUUAUUUUCUUGAAAAUCAAUUUGAAAGAACAUCUGAAUAUAUUCAACGAGAAAAAUUUCCAGCUGCUGGUAAUAAUGGAACACCACCACAUUCUUUACCAGAUUUUGAUAUUGAAGCAUAUGGACUUGAUAUAUUUAAUUCUUUAAUGAUUAUAUAUGGUAUUGAUUCCCAAACAUUAAAAUUCCAUAUAUGUAAUGGUGAAUUUAAAGAAAUAGCUAAUCCAUCAAAUUCAGGUUCACUUCUUUAUUUAACAUCGGAUUCAACAUUUCUUAUAAAAACUGUACGUGAUUAUGAUGCAAAAUUUAUUGAACAAAAAUUUUUAAAAGAAUAUUAUAGUUACGUUAAAAAUACUCCAGCAACAUUUAUUUCUAAAUUAUUUGGUUGUUUUGGUUAUAUACCAUAUUUAUCAAAAGAAAAAAGUAUAACAGUUGAUUCAUUUACAUUACGUUUUGCUAUAUUUUCAAAUUUUAUUCCAACAAAUAUUGAAAUACAUGAAAAAUAUGAUUUAAAAGGUUCAUCAUAUAAACGUGAUGCAAGUACUACAGAAAAACUUAAACCAUCAGCAACAUUUAAAGAUAAUGAUUUUCGUGAAAUACAUCCCGAAGGUUUAAAAUUACCAAAAAGUGUUUAUCAUCAUUUAAAAGAAGUUCUUACACGUGAUGUAGAGUUUUUAGAAAAACUUAAUAUUAUGGAUUAUUCAUUACUUUUAACUGUUCAUAAUAUGGAUAAUCAAAUAAAACCAACUCGUGUUGGUUCACUUGAAUCAUUUCUGGGUACUGCUCGUGAUACAUUUCUUAUCGGUAUGACACAACAAAUUGAUCAAAAUGAUAAGAAAACUAAACAUGAAAAACCAAAAUUAGUAUUAAAAUUUAGAAAACCAAUUGAAACAUUAGGUUUAGGUUAUAAAGAAAUUUCAACAUUUGAUACAGAAAAUGCCAAAGAAUUUGGAGGUAUUCCAGCAAUAAAUGAAAAAGGUGAACGUCUUCUUCUAUUUUUCGGUAUUAUUGAUAUAUUACAAACAUUUGAUACAUGCAAGGUAAUACAACGACAAUAUCAAACAGUUGAAAACCACGAAGUUGUUGAUGAUCGUUCAAUCGUAGAAGCUGAUUUUUAUGCAGAUAGAUUUAAAAAAUUUGUUUUUGAACGUGUUUUUCAUCCAGCUGAAGAUGAACUUUCAACACAUCCUAUUUCAAUGAAUGUUUUUUCUAGAUCCACUUAUUUAUAA